AUGUCCUCAAUUAUCCGUCGUACUUUCUCUACUUCUACCGCUGCUUUGAAAUCCUUAAAAAUUGGUUUAAUUGCCGGUGAUGGUAUUGGUCGUGAAGUUAUGCCAGCUGGUCAAGCUGUUUUGGAAAACUUACCAUCUAAGCACGAUUUACAAUUUGAAUUUGUUAACUUAGACGCUGGUUUUGAGUACUUCCAAAAGAACGGUACUGCCUUACCUCAAGAAACUGUUGACAUUUUGCAAAAGGAAUGUGACGGUGCUUUGUUCGGUGCAGUAUCUUCCCCAACAACCAAGGUGGAAGGCUAUUCUUCCCCAAUUGUUGCCUUGAGAAAGAAGAUGGGUUUAUACGCUAACGUCCGUCCAGUUAAGUCUGUUGAAGGUAACGCUAGAUCAGUCGAUAUGGUUAUUGUCCGUGAAAACACCGAAGACUUAUAUAUCAAGGAAGAAAAGUCGUACACUAAGGAAGAUGGUACCAGGGUUGCCGAAGCCAUCAAGAGAAUCACUGAAACUGCCACCUCAAGAAUUGCUAAGAUGGCUUACGACAUUGCAUUGCAAAGACAAGCUAUUAGAAAAGCAAACCCUGGCUUAAAAUCCUUACACGAAAAGCCUUCGGUCACCGUUACCCACAAAUCUAAUGUCUUAUCUCAAUCUGAUGGUUUAUUCCGUGAAGUAUGUCGUCAAGUUUACGAUGAAAAUGCUGAUAAGUACAAGGAUAUUGCUCACAAGGAACAAAUUGUUGAUUCCAUGGUCUACCGUAUGUUCAGAGAACCAGAAAUAUUUGAUGUUGUUGUUGCUCCAAACUUGUAUGGUGACAUUUUAAGUGAUGGUGCUGCCGCUUUAGUUGGUUCUUUAGGUGUCGUUCCAUCUGCCAACGUCGGUGACAACUUCGCUAUUGGUGAACCAUGCCAUGGUUCUGCUCCAGAUAUCCAAGGUAAGGGUAUUUCUAACCCAAUUGCUACCAUCAGAUCUACUGCUUUGAUGUUAGAAUUUAUGGGCUACCCUGAACCAGCUGCUGAUAUCUACGCUGCCGUUGAUGCUAACUUGACUGAAGAUAAGAUUAAGACUCCAGACUUAGGUGGUUCUUCUAGUACUCAAGAAGUUAUCGACGAUAUUAUCAGACGUUUUUAA